AUGUCGAGGAUGAGGCAACAGUCGAACGGUGCAAUUUCUUUGGGGAAGUUAUAUUUUUUCGGUAUCCUGAUGUUGUUUGGGAACGAUUACUCGAAUGAGGAUACCUAUGGAAAACCGUACAAGGCAGGCCAUAUGCACCAUAUAUUAAAUGUCAGAUAUGGCAGAUUAUUAAUGGAUGAACCUAAUAUAGAAGCACUACUUCAGGAGAAUAAUACCCUGCUGGAGGAAAAGUUCAUGGGAUCAGUGGAUGCAAAUGGCGAAACUUACCUGCAGGACCGUUCCGAUGUAACAAAGCAUGGUGAUGAGUCUAGCUCACGAUCUAGAAAGAGUAGUCCUCGCGACAGUUCAAGGAAAAAGUCGAAAAGUACCAUGGAUCGUUGUAACGUGGACAAAUCCAACGAAUCCUUAAAUUUGAAUAAUUUUGAUGAGGAUCAAGGCAAGGAAAAGUUUGGUGGAUCAUCGAUUUUUGGCAGCACGGAGAGUCUAUUUGAAGAACGAGAUGAUGAUGAUUUAGGCCAUGACAGAAAGGUUGGCGAAUCUACUCAUUUUGGCAGCAUGGACAGUAUAUUCCCAGAAGCAGCCGAUGAUAAUCAUGUUAGCGAUGACACAAAGAUUGGUGCGUCCACGAAUUUUGACAGCAGGGAGAGUCUUCCUAAGGAACGAAAUGUGGAAGGUAAUGAUAAGCGUAAGAAUAAGUCUGAGCAUCAACCUAGAGAUCGAACCGGAGUAAAGCCUGGAGUUCAUCGUGAGGCACAACGUGGAUGUCCACAUGGAGUACGAUCUGAAGGUCCAUAUGCAAGGGAAACCGGUAGUACGCAUAUAGAAGGAAUUGAACAGAGUGAGCGAAGUAAUGGGAUGGCCCGAAAAGGAUCUAUCUUUUCUCGCAUUGCUAAUUAUAUAAGAAAGAUUGAUUCCAAGUAUCAGGCGAUGUUGGUGGAUAUACUACGGGAAGAAAUGGAGAAAAAUUCUGAUUUUAAUGAGAAGGCACCGAACUUCAACAAUAGAAAUGAAUUCAAGUUUGUAUCACCAGUUUUGGGAGCAUUUGUGUUUUCCUUGCUUAUACUUAUAAUAAGUAUGAAGGCUGCGUUUUUUCUUCCUGUAUUGAUAACAUCAAUAGUCGGAUCAAUAACAUAUGUUACAUGCAGAUACAAAAAAGCGCUUAAGCUUGUAAAGUACGAACAAAGUAGAAUCAGAAUGGUGCGAAGAAAGUCAAAGCAAUGUGAUACCGAAAAAAUAGAGUAG